GCUGCGGGAGAGCCCCCCGUCUUCUACAGGGAGGUUUCUGCAGGGCCCCAGGCCGGCGGCACCGCCAGCCCCGGGAGGCCCGAUGUCCUGUUCCUGCACGGCCAGGCGUUCACCUCCAGGACGUGGGAGGCCUUGGGCACGCUGGCGCUGCUCGCCGGAGAAGGCUACCGUGCGGUUGCAAUAGAUCUGCCCGGUAGGACCAUAGCGCUGUGGUGGCAUGGAGGGUGGCCCUGUUUUGGGGUGAGUGAGUGGGACCUGUGCCCCCGCUGGCUCAUGGGGGGGCUCUGCAGCCCCCCCUGGUGCUGGACGGAGACGCCCACCCUGAUCCUGUACGGUGAUGGUGACACAAGCCUGGGUCCCCAGGCCCUGCAGAGCCUCCAGCACCUCCCCAGGCACCACGUGGCCGUGGUACCCGACGCCGGCCAUGCCUGCUACCGGGACAAGCCGGAGGACUUCCACCGGGCCCUGCUGGGCUUCCUGAGCCAGCUGGAGUGAGCGUUGCCUCAUUCCCCACCGGGGAGGACGGGGGCCCGGGGCGUCCCGAGGGACUGGGAG